UUCUCCAGGAAAAAUCUGACGGCAAUCCUCGUCGACAAGUGGCGUCCCAGCCGGUGUCCCCACUUUGCGUGUGGACCACUAAUUAGCGCGAGAUCGCUCUACCAACGCAAAACAUCGGGGGAUAUAACUGUUAGUUCGCAGAUCUCUCGAAACAGAGUGCCCCCCCACACCCGUCCAAAAUGGUACGACUCAGUGGUUUGGGCUUCGCCGUGGGUGAAGAAGUUACAACACGCGAUGGCGAGGGGGAGAGACUGGUGUCCUCCCGACUUCUGUCAUGUUUUUAAACGGAUGGGGGCUUGUGCUUUGAGAAGACCUGCGACUGAACUGUGCACUCCUUCGCCUCCUAUGAUAUGAUGAUACAAUAUGGACAAGCUGCCCUGGAAGAGAUAAAAAGUGAAGGAUAGAGAAAGCAAGACAGAUUGAAGCAGUUUAACAGAGAGGGUACUUAUCGCAGACGUACAGAAGACAUUAUGUCCACCUCAGUAAAGCAGGAGAGAACCAUUUGUGUUCUCCUCCCCAACAAAGACCAGCUUGACAUCACUGUCAGGCCAAAGUCCACAGGGCAGGAUGUUUUUAAUCGUGUGACAGAGCUUCUUGGACUCAAAGAGCUGCACUUCUUUGGUCUCACAGUGGUGAGGGACAAUGAGCACAUAUUUUUAGAUAUGGGGGAGAAACUGACUAAGUACCUUCCUAAGGAAUGGAGGCAAGAUUCAGGAAAGGCAUUACAGAAGAGACCUUUGCCUCUGGUACUCUGCCUCAAAGUGCAAUACUACGUAGAGAACGGUAGACUCAUUUGUGAACGAAAGGCACGACAUCUAUACUACACUGAUUUGCGUGAGCGUGUGCUUCGCUCUGAAUGUCGUCAGCAAGAGGAGGUGUACUUCCAGCUGGCAAGUUACGCCUUGCAGGCUGACCUCGGUGACCACCCGCCGCCCAGGGAGUAUGCAGAGAUCACCCCUUACUUUGAGCCCAAGGAUUACUUUCCCCCUUGGAUUGUAGCUAAGCGUGGAGUGAACUACCUCCUCUGUCAUGGGCCCAAAGUGCAUCAGGAGCUGUGGGGCAUGUCUACCCGUGAUGCCAUCCUGCUCUUCAUCAGGGAGUCAUGUCGACUGGAGGAUGUACCUGUCACGUUUUACAGACUGCAGAAGGACAAAAAGGAGGAGAGAGGAACAGCAUUGCUUGGUCUGACCCUGCGAGGAAUGCAGGUUUAUCAGGAGGUGAACAACAUGCGACAGCUGCUGUAUGACUUCCCCUGGUCAAACGUGGGACGUCUCACCUUCCUGGGUAAGAAAUUCGAGAUCCAGCCAGAUGGCUUGCCAUCAGCUAGGAAGCUGAUUUACUACACUGGGUCAUCGUUCCGCUCUCGCCACCUCCUCCUGCACCUGAGCAGCAGCCAUCGCCUCUACCUCAGCCUCCAGCCUGCCCUCAAACACUUACGCCAGCUGGAGGAGAGUGAAGAGAAAAAGCGUUACAGAGAGUCGUACAUCAGUGAUGACCUCGACCUGGACCCCCCAGGCAGUGAGAGCAGCCCUGGUCUGUCUCGACGCUCGACCUGCAGCUCUGGAAUCGAAGCCGACGCCCGCCAACACAGCAUCUCCACAGAGAUGGCCUCCAUGGAGGAGGAAGGUCAACGGCAAGGAGAGAAGUGUUUCAGCUCAGCAGCCAGCCAUGGCAGCUCCUGUACCUCUGGGUUUGACGCAGGCAGUAAGGCUCAAAUAGAAGACGAGGGGUGGCAAGAAGAAGAGAUCAAGACCAAUGUUGGAACUCCAAAGGAGGUUCUUGUGAAUGAUCCUGAAGAGAUGCUCCAGUUGGCUGAUCUUGUUGAAGGGGUGUCAGUGGAUUCUGCAGAAGUCUCCUUAGAAACUCAUUCACCAGAAAAAGUGUCUACCCCAGACAGUGAUGGAGAUCUUUGGAAAUUACGCAACAAAGAUAUGUUAAAAAAGAUGCUGAAAUCUGGGGCACAUGUAUGCGUGGAUCGGCACAGCCACAGUCUAGAUGAUGUCCGUCUCUUCCCAGCUCCGACACCCCUGGGGACGACACUGCUGCCUGAUUCCUCCCACAGCUAUACCUUUGGGCUCCCAGAUUGCUCAAAAAACCCAAAGAACCCUGUUGAUCACAGUUAUUACCCCCUUUUGCACUGCCAAGCCAAACCUUCAUUCUAUGGCCGCAGGUCUACCAACAGCCUCUCCUUGGACAUGUUAGGUGAUGAACAGUUCCUGGAAUUCAUACUUUGAAUACAUCAAGUGCUGAUAUCCACAAAUACGCCUAUUCUCUGCCUUCAUUAACGGCACAACUUAACUCAUAGGUUGCCAAUACAUGAAUGUCUGUUUUCUCUACGUGGUGGUGAUGACCACGAGGGAUGUGUGUGCUUUAAAUUGCAGAUAGACAUUACUGAAAAUGACGGGACCCCUGGUUCCUCUCAAAAAAGCUGUGGAUUAGAUAUCAGAUCUAAUUCAGCAACAUUUCAAUCAGUAAAAAGAACAUAUUUAUUAAUGUUGUAUAUUUUGUACACACUACUUGCACUAUUUUAUUACAUUUCAUCUUCUUUGAGCAAAAACAUUUCUAAUCACUUUUACUGUCUUUUGUAAAGUUUAUGCUGUUACAAACUUCUCUGAAAUGUCUUAGUAGAUUAAUAUUGAGUGCAUAAAAUUUGACAGUAACGGAUGUUUUGUAACUUUAAGGCAAUGCAGCCAUGUGCUGCAUUUGACAUAAGAUGAGAUGGGACUUACCUUCC